CUGCCCGCGUGGUUUGUGCUGGCUGCAUGUUUCCGUGGCAGCAACGAAGAAGCUCGUCGUCGCACUGAGUGAGAAACGACAGCCAAAGGAAGAGCUCGUAGCAUUUGCUUGCAUUUCUUCACAUCCGAAGAGAGGACACCGCAACAUAAAGCUAAGCCUAUGUGAAGAAGACUCGUAUGUGCAGGAACACAGAAGCGUGAGGAAGAGCACAUUUUAGCCAAUUAGUCUACGCAAGGACGGACCUGACCCUCGUUUUUUGUUGUUGUUGAUAAACCUCGUAUUUAUUUAUUUUUGUUUUGAGAAAGCUGCAGCUAAAGCAAUUUGACCGUUUUGUUACCGCCCACGUUUGAAAGCAACAUCUGUUUGGCAGAUUUUCAAUCGAAUCUCAUGUAUUUCGCAGAGGGCAUAUCCUAGUUAGGUACGGUUUUACGCUUUUCUUUACCCACGUCCUGUCCGGAAAAAAAAUAAAAAAAGAGGCUAGUUUUUGAACGCUGCUUGUGAGAAAUUCCUAGUGAAAAUUCCAUUCGUUCCGAUGAGACAAGACAACUCGCAGUGGUCAUCUCUUUUCAAGGCAAUCCACAUGCAUUGCCACAUUCUGCGUUUUUAUUAGCUAAAGCUUUGGCGGUCAUAACUUGUUCGACAGACUACAUUGUAAAACAAGAAGAGACUUCAUCAAAUACGAUGUUGCUCAAGGAGUACAGGAUAUGCAUGCCGCUGACUGUUGAGGAGUACAGGAUUGGUCAGCUAUAUAUGAUCAGCAAACACAGCCAUGAGCAGAGUGACCGCGGUGAGGGGGUGGAGGUGGUCCAGAAUGAACCGUUUGAGGACCCCGCCCACGGUCAGGGCCAGUUCACUGAGAAACGUGUCUACCUCAACAGUAAAUUGCCCAGCUGGGCUCGAGCAGUGGUGCCCAACAUCUUCUACGUAACAGAGAAGGCCUGGAACUACUACCCCUAUACCAUCACAGAGUACACAUGUUCUUUCUUGCCCAAGUUCUCCAUUCACAUAGAGACGAAAUACGAGGACAACAAAGGCAGCAAUGACAACAUCUUCUCAGACAGUGAAAAUAAAGACCAGGAAAGGGAAGUGUGUUUUGUGGAUAUCGCCUACGACGAGAUCCCUGAGAGAUACUAUAAAGAGUCUGAGGACCUGCGGUACUUCAAGUCAGAGAAGACAUCGAGGGGCAUGCUGCAGGAGGGCUGGAGGGACACCCAGGAGCCCAUCAUGUGCUCCUACAAGCUGGUCACAGUCAAGUUUGAGGUGUGGGGCCUGCAGACGCGCGUGGAGCAGUUUGUACACAAGGUGGUGCGUGAUGUGCUGCUCCUAGGCCACAGGCAGGCUUUUGCCUGGGUGGAUGAGUGGAUCGACAUGACGAUGGAUGAGGUGAGAGAGUACGAGCGCACCAUCCAGGAAGCCACCAACGAGAAGAUUGGGAUUUUCCCCCCAUCGAUCUCCAUCAGCCAGAUGCCCCUGUCCUCCUGCACCCUCUCCGGCCCCGCCAGCGCCCCCACCACCCCCCUCUGCACUGACGCGCCCGAGUUCCUCUCCGUCCCCAAGGACAGAGCCCGCAAGAAGUCCGCCCCUGAGACCCUCACCCUGCCCGACGCCGCUGCCCAGAACCAGAGUGGAGUCCCCCAGGGCUCUAUGCUGGUGCCGCUUCCAAAUCAAAAUCACUCCCCCUGGCCCUCCUCUGACGCUGACCAGGCUGAGUUAGGGGGGGGAAUAGGAGGGACGAGAUGUUCUUUUCCCCCAUAUGCCCUGCCACCUCACUGUCUUAGUAGCCCAGCAAGACUAGCCUCUACACCCCAGUGCCCAGUCCUCCAGGCCCAACUAACCAUAUCCCAGAGGUGAGUGCUUCUUACACAUAUCUCCAGAGGUCAAAGGUCUAACCACCAGUUUCCAAUCUCCUACAUCCUCAACAGAAGUCUGUUUUGUCAGCCUUCAAUGGAUGGCUUCCUCUUCCUGAUAUCUAGCCAAUCAGCUGUCUGAUCUACUGUAACAACCACCCAAGCUGUCCAUCAAGAGAACAUAUCCACAAGGGGUUUUGUGUGCUGUCCUCAAUUAGCGAUCCCUGUGUUCGUCAUUAAAUAUGUUAUUGACAAAAUGCCAGAUGGAUUCUCUUUUUUUUUUAAAAUAUAUAUCAGGUCAGCUGAUAAACCUUAUGUAAUGUAAAUGUAGUUGCCAUAACAUGAAAUU